AUGACUGCUCCUUUCCUGAUGUCUCUACUUUUUGGCCUUGCAUUUGGACAAACGAUGUCUUAUUGUGUUCCAACCGAAUACACCAUGCACGUUGAAAGAAGAGAGUGUGCAUACUGCCUAACAAUCAACACCACCAUCUGUGCUGGAUACUGCAUGACUCGGGACAGCAAUGGGAAGCUGUUUCUCCCCAAAAGUGCUCUCUCCCAGGAUGUGUGCACAUACAAAGACAUCAUCUACAGGACGGUGGUGAUGCCAGGCUGCCCUCGCCAUGUCAUCCCCUAUUUCUCGUACCCCGUGGCUGUGAACUGCAAGUGUGGUAAAUGUAACACAGACUACAGUGAUUGCAUACAUGAGAGUGUCAAGACAAACUAUUGUACAAAGCCACAGAAACCCUAUCUGGUGGGAUUUCCUAUAUAAGAGAGCUGUGCGAUCUGCUGGCCAUGGUUAAAUAUCAACUCUACUUCACUUAUGUCGACCCAACUUAGAACACCCAGUGAUUAAAAAGUUACUGUAUUUCAUAACAAUUGUGUAUGGCUUUCUAUUUCAG